AUCUCGGCAGUCGGGAUGACGUGGCUGAAGCUUGCGGAAGAUGCGCUGACAGAGUUCCUCCAAUCAUCGCUGGAGCCAUCGCUUUCAACGCUGAUUGGAUACCCAGAACCACGUGACUCCUCCCGACCAAUCCGGCGUAGGUGCGAUGAGAGCGUACAGAGAGCAUCCCUGAAAAUUGCCUCUGUCAUACAACCAGGAAGAAGGUGGGAUAUUAGCCCAACGAAGCUAACAGCCCCAAUCUUUCUGCAUACUUUCACCGAAAUUAUGGGCUCUUCCCGGUGGAAGGUGGCAGUGGCGGCUUUCCUCGCAGUAGUAGUCUCUCUCUUACCCGUUGACGCGGAUGAACACGAGCACACGUACACAGAUAAGGAGGAGGUGGUUUUAUGGAUGAACACGGUGGGGCCUUACCACAACCGACAGGAGACAUACAAGUAUUUCUCUCUGCCCUUUUGCGUGGGCUCCAAGAAGACCAUCAGCCAUUACCAUGAAACACUCGGCGAGGCUUUACAGGGAGUGGAGCUGGAAUUCAGUGGCUUGGAUAUUAAGUUUAAAGAGGAAGUCAUGCAGACAACAUACUGUGAAAUUGACUUGGACAAACCCAAACAGGAUGCCUUUGUUUAUGCCAUAAAGAAUCACUAUUGGUAUCAAAUGUACAUAGAUGAUCUCCCCAUCUGGGGCAUUGUUGGUGAAGCAGAUGAGAACGGAGAAGAGCACUACCUGUGGACGUACAAAAAACUGGAGAUCGGCUACAACGACAACAGAAUAGUUGACGUAAACCUGACGAGCGAAAGCAAAGUCAAACUCAUGCCCAACACCAGGAUUGCAAUGUCGUAUUCUGUGAAAUGGAAGAAGUCUGAUGUAAAGUUUGAGGACAGGUUUGACAAAUACCUGGAUCCAUCCUUCUUUCAGCACAGGAUUCACUGGUUCUCCAUCUUUAACUCCUUCAUGAUGGUCAUAUUCCUGGUGGGCCUGGUGUCCAUGAUUCUAAUGAGAACCCUGAGAAAGGAUUACGCCCGAUACAGCAAAGAGGAGGAAAUGGACGACAUGGACAGAGAUCUUGGUGAUGAAUACGGGUGGAAGCAGGUCCACGGAGAUGUGUUCAGGCCUUCAAGCCAUCCUUUGAUCUUCUCCUCGCUGAUCGGCUCCGGCUGCCAGAUCUUCUCAGUCUCCUUUAUUGUCAUCAUUGUUGCGAUGGUGGAGGAUCUGUACACAGAGAGGGGCUCCAUGCUGAGCACAGCCAUCUUUGUGUACGCUGCAACCUCUCCCGUCAACGGCUACUUUGGUGGAAGUUUGUAUGCAAAACAAGGAGGCAGAAGAUGGAUCAAGCAGAUGUUCAUUGGGGCCUUUUUGAUCCCAGCAAUGGUGUGUGGGACGGCCUUCUUCAUUAACUUCAUCGCCAUCUACUACCACGCCUCCAGAGCUAUCCCGUUUGGAACCAUGGUUGCCGUCUGUUGCAUCUGCUUCUUUGUCAUUCUGCCUCUGAACCUCGUGGGAACAAUCCUGGGAAGAAAUCUGUCUGGUCAACCCAACUUCCCCUGCAGAGUGAACGCUGUGCCGCGGCCGAUCCCCGAGAAGAAAUGGUUCAUGGAGCCGGCUGUCAUCGUGUGCCUCGGAGGUAUCCUGCCCUUUGGCUCCAUUUUCAUAGAGAUGUACUUCAUCUUCACAUCUUUUUGGGCCUAUAAAAUCUACUAUGUGUACGGCUUCAUGAUGCUGGUCCUGGUGAUCCUGUGCAUUGUCACCGUGUGCGUCACCAUCGUGUGCACGUACUUCCUACUCAACGCCGAGGACUACAGAUGGCAGUGGACGAGCUUCCUCUCCGCUGCAUCUACUGCCGUUUAUGUUUACAUGUACUCCUUUUACUACUAUUUCUUCAAAACUAAGAUGUAUGGCUUAUUUCAAACAUCCUUCUACUUCGGCUACAUGGCCGUGUUCAGCACUGCUCUAGGGAUCAUGUGUGGUGCUGUUGGCUACAUGGGAACAAGUGCCUUCGUGAGGAAGAUCUACACAAAUGUGAAAAUCGACUAAGAAGCAGAGCGGCUACACGGGGAGUUAAUGGAUUCACCUACGUGUUCUGAAAGACGGCAGGCACAAGUCAUCCUUUCUUUUCCUUCUUGCAGAGAGACUGUGGGAAUCUCACUUCUUUGUACAAAACUUCUUUUCUCUCUCCAUUUUUCUGAAUGAAUUACGACACCGUGUCUUUAAGAGGAAAUCUGAGGAGAUGUUAAACCCAAGGUUUCAUUUUAAAUCAGUUGCUUUAUUGAGGUUGGGGUGAAUGUUUAAAGCAGACUCCUCCUUCCCGACCCAGUCCCAGCUGAGACUACACGAUGUACAUUGACGGAGUAGCAUAGCUCUCUUCAGUGAAGAGGCCGGAGCGUUCAGAAAGCCGUGGUUCUGUUGCGUCAGAAUUUUCAGGAGCCGGGUUCGACUUAUUUCUGUUUUCUUGGAAGUCGCUCCAAAAUGUUGUUGCUCCACCGUAGUUUCUUUUACUUUCACUGACCCCCCCCCCCCCCCCCCCCCCCCCCCCCUCCCCUCGGCUCAUUUCGAUGGUCUAACUCCUGCUCCGGAAGCGGUCCAUCCAGUCGCUGAGAUUUU